GGGGUUUAUCGGAAUACGAGUGGACAAGAGGGGAAAAAAAUAUAUACUGACGUUGAGUCACCCUUUGGCCAUCGUGGAACCGUUAGAUCGCUGACAACAAGCUGAGAUGAGGCCGCAUACAUGCGACUGAUCCUCUGUACAACCUUGGAAAGAUUUGAUAUUCCGUCUUGGAGACAAAAUGAUGGAAGAAAUGGACAGAUUUCAGGUCCCACCAGUGAACUCGGAGAUGCAGCCGCUGGAUCCAGCAGCAACGUCCACGUCUGACUCGGAAACAAGAGAGACCGAAUCCGUGCCCAUCAACUACAAGCCUUCUCCGCUUCAAGUGAAGAUCGAGAAACAGAGAGAGUUGGCGAGGAAGGGCUCUGCAAAGAAUGGGGCGGUGGGCAGCCCUGUGAAUCAGCAGCCCAAGAAAAACAAUGUGAUGGCCAGAACACGGUUGGUUGUUCCUAAUAAAGGCUACUCAUCUUUAGACCAGAGCCCUGACGAGAAGCCCCUAGUCGCACUGGAUACAGACAGCGACGACGAUUUCGACAUGUCCAGAUACUCGUCGUCAGGAUACUCCUCCGCCGAGGUGAGAUCAAUGAGGGACCAGCAAAUCAACCAAGACCUGAACAUCCAGCUCCUGAAAGAUGGCUACCGCCUGGACGAAAUUCCAGAUGAUGAAGAUCUCGACUUGAUUCCUCCCAAAUCAGUCAACCCUACAUGCGUGUGCUGCCAGGCGACCUCCUCUUCCGCCUGCCAGAUCCAGUAGCCUUGUAUUCAUUACCCUCCCACUGUUCCCAGACCCCCUAUACUGUGAGUUUAGCUCACCGCUCGACGUAAACCCUCGAGUAACUACUAAAAUAAAUAAAAUGGUUAUCUUAAAACUAAUAUAGGAAAAAAAAAGGAUCAGGAAAUACAGGAAAACGGGUUCCUCCUAUGGUAGGACAUAGUGUCGGGAUCACCACCAGAGGGAGUUUAGGAUUUAGUUAGUUAUGUCUAUUGUAUGUAUAGGAUGCGUUAACAUGAAAUUUUUAAAAGGGAGAAACAAGUGACGCGUUUAUUUGUAAAGCAUUUCACACAAAGCUGAUCUGAAAGGCCUGUUACAGCUUCUCAUUUCUUUUCUUUUUUUUCUUUUUUUAUGUCUUGAUGCACAACGAUGUCCUCUGUGAAAGGUUACUUUUUUCCCGAUCCCUUAAUUCGUAUCGCAAAUUGCACUACUACACCUGUACCUUUGAUCGAAGCCAAUCAUGUGACAACAGCACGAUGCAUCAUGCCGCUACAGUGCAAGCGAUUUAACUAAUCAUCAGAAUGGAGACACUGGAUGUUUUUUGCACCAUUCUGUAUUGGAGACGGUGUGAAAAUAGCUAAAUACUUCAAUCACUACUUCAUGGAGAUCACGUUUGUAUGUUAGAUCUAAGCUCUUGACACAUAUAUUGCAUGGUUUUUUUUUAGAGGUCGACCGAAAGUGGGUUUUACCGAUAUGUUUAAUCAACUUAAAAUGGAUACUGGAUUAAAAAAAUAAACAACAUGUAAAAUAGUAAUUUUAAUACAAAAAUAAAACUACCAUAUCAUGAAAAUGUGCUAAGUGAAACCAAUUUUAAUAUAUCAAUUACUAAAUUAAAUUAUACAAUUAAUAAAUUAUAAGUAAUAUAUAAUAAAUAUAAUAUAGCGCUCUCCGUGCAGCGCGCUGUCUCACUUGUAAAAACAUACAGCAUGUGGUGUCAGUGAUACGCCUCUAGAGGUCGCUCAAAAUGACACUGAACAGUAUAGAUUUUGGCAAAUAGUUCCAGCAAUUAACUGUCGGUGCGGAUAAACAGAUGAAUCGAUCGACCUCCAGAAUUGAUGUUUUGCCCUGUUGCUACAAGACGUGCAGGCGUACAGGUGUUUCUCUUAGCAGUGAUAGGUGUGGUACACGCAAACCAUAUCAGGUGCUUUUGCAAGAUCUGCCAGCGAUUGCAUGGUCGAGCCUGAAGAGUAAUUUCAUUUCCAAAGCCACAGCACACAAAGGACUGGAAACAAAAAUGUACUAAUUAAGUCAUUACGCGUUAUAUUCACUGUUCAGACUUGACAGAUGCUUUGGAAAGAAAUAUUUUUAUAGUUUUUUUUUUUAGAUGUUGUUUGUCUUGUUAUUUACAUAAACAUUUGUUUAGUGAUGAUGUGAAAUGAAGGGAAUGAGAAAUAGGCUUCUUAUGACUUACAGUAGAGCAUACUGUACUACCAGAAUUAGUUAGCAUUUCCUUACCACCAAAUAUAAUAGUUUAGGACGAUAUAACUAGCACUGUGUCGGGGUUUAUUGCACAAAUCCAUAUCGUGUUACUCAAACUAAAUUUCUUUUUUUUAACUUUUGUCGUGUGUCAAAAGCACAUUAUAACAAGCUUAGAAUGAGCAAAUUGAAAAGCGAUAUUGUUACAGCGAGAUACAGUAUUCAGAGGUGCCAAUAUUUAAGGUUGAGCCAUAAUAUUUAUGAUUUUGGAUUUCUUUUCGUUAUCCGUAUCGAGACAUCAGAAAACUAGACUUUUCUUUGUUUUGUCUGAAGUAGUCAGAGCAAACACUAAACAAAAUCCAAUUUAUUAAUGGUGAAAGAACGUGGGACAUCCUAAUGUAGCAUUUACUUCAAUAUUAUUUACAUAUUUUUUUUUAUGGCUUUAUAUAAUUGAUUUUUGUCGUAGUUUUUUGUUUGUUUUAUUUUUUUUUUUUUUUUAGCAAUGUUGGCACCUCUCCAUUAUAAAUUCAUGUCUACUUACCAUAAGCCAAUGUUCUCACAAGCAUUUUUUUUAAAUAAUAAUGUGUUUUUUUGUAUUAUUAUUAUUUUAGCCAAAGACUAGUGAACUAUUUCUUAUUUGGACUGUGAUCUGGACCAUGACAGUGUGAUCGAAAACAUUUUGCACCACACAACACUAGUUAACAGAGUUAAUACUUCAUUAGGGUUUAAAAAUGCAUUACUGUUUUUUAGGUUUAUUAAUAAUAAAAUUAUUAUUCAGUAUCUAGUAAUAUGUAAUGGCGCCCUGAUCAUGGGGUCAUUCGCAACUAAGGAACAAACACUACAGCUAUUCUAACGAUAAGUUCAACUAACUUAUAUAAAGGGAAAUACCUGGAGACUUUAUUUAAUACUGUUCGGCUUGUGUAGACGGUUCUUCAGGUUAAAAGAUCAAAAUCAUGAGCCACUAAUAGGAUAAGUUAAUAGUAAAACCGUUUCAGGUGUGUUUACACUCCAAACUUCUUUCAGUGUUAUAUAUAUAUAAAUAAAAAUAAUUUGGUCAACUCUAUAGAUUCUAGUUGAAUAUUUAUUAUAAACAGUAGUUCGGACAUGUUUUUUUUUCCCCAAUCUGCACCUGUGUUGUGGAUUUGUUUUGGGUGCACAUCAAGCACUUCUCUUUGUUUUUCAUCCACCUUCCAUCGUCGCGUUCCUCUCUCUCCUGGUCUGCUAGCUGAGAAUGCUGAGUAUGCCUUAAGUCAGUGUCUGUAGAGCAUAUUAUUUAUUUUGUGUGUUUUUAAUUUAUUGAAACAAGUAAGAAAGUAUGCAUUUUAACAUAGACAUUUCUGUUUGUUUUACCUUUUCUUGCUCAGUAUCAUGACUGUAAAAAUAGUCCAAUAAAGUUUCCACUACCAGUAUUUACAAAUGUUGUAGUGUCGCAUACUGUAUCAAUAAAUCUGGCGCAUUAAAGCUGCAA